AUUGUGGUUUGUUGAAUGCUAAUUAAUUGCUAAGGUUUGAUCCUAAGACGGAGACGAGGUUUCUAUGUACAAUGGAAGCUUCGUUUCUUGUUCCCUCGCCUUCUUUCAUUGGAUUCAGGACAAGCAAAGAGCUUCCUUAUAUGCUGUCAUCGUGUGAGUUAAAAAGCAUAACAUGCUUCUCAGUUUGUAAUCAAAAGAAGAAUUAUGGUCGAAAGCUUUACACUAUACCAAUUAAAACUGUUGCUCGGUUCUGCAUCUCAAGAUCUUCGGUUAGGUCAUUGGAAUCUGGCGGGACAGGCCCACAUAGUGAUGCAUAUACAGUUCCAAAUGACCGUCAGAGGUGGGAAAUGUCCCUUGACUCUGCAAGUUACACAUUCCACAGAAACAGCAAUUUUGAGGGAGAGUUGGAAGAAUUAUUUGAUGAAGUCAAAAGAAUGAUAAGGACGGGAAACAAAAAUGAUGCUGUAGACCUGCUUAAUGCAAAUUAUGAACUGGUAAAAGAGAGGCUGAAUGCAGGUGCUAAAGGCAUAGAAGAAGCUGCAGCUUUGGACAUCUUAGCACUGGGUUACAUGGCUGUUGGAGACUUCAAAUUUGUUGGUUCUCUGUUGAAUAUGAUGAAAGAAGUUAUUGACACUUUGAAGGAAGAUGAACCACAUCUAGAUUCAAUACUUAUCCAUAUGGGAAGUAUGUAUGCAACAUUAAGCAAGUUUGAAAAAUCGUUGGACACAUAUCAAAGGGCUGUCUACAUUAUGGAGAGAACCUAUGGUAAGGAUAGCACAUUUCUUGUCACACCCUAUUUGGGUAUGGCAAAAGUUCUUGGUUCUAUUGGAAAAGCAACAAAAGCAAUAGAGAUAUACCAGCGUGUAAUCACUCUUUUGGAAUCAAAUAGAGGUGCUGAAAAUAAGGAUUUGGUUGUACCUUUACUUGGUCUUGGCAAUCUUUUGCUGAAAGAAAGAAGAGCCAAUGAUGCAGAAACUCAUUUUACUAGGGUUCUUAAUAUAUACACAAAAUUAUAUGGACAAAAUGAUGGAAGAAUUGGAAUGGCUAUGAGUUCCCUAGCCCAAGUGAAGUGUGCUCUAGGAAAGUCAGAUGAAGCAAUUAAUUUGUUUAAACGGGCUCUUCAGAUAAUAAAGGAUUCAAAUUACAUGUCACUGGAUGACAGUAUAAUGGAAAAGAUGAGGGUAGAUCUGGCUGAUUUACUCCAUGCUGUUGGGAGAGGACAAGAAGGUAGAGAGCUAUUAGAGGAAUGUUUAUCGAUCACUGAAAGGUACAAAGGAAAGGAGCACCCUAGCAUAGGGACACACAUGAUAAAUCUUGCAACUUCAUAUUCACGGUCAAAGAAUUAUGUGGAGGCUGAGCACUUGCUGAGAAGAAGUUUGAAAAUCAUGAUGAAGCAUAAGGGAACCGAUGACCAGUCCAUCAGUUUUCCUAUGUUGCAACUUGCAAUUACACUCUACCAUUUGAAAAAUGAUGAAGAAGCAGAGAAACUUGCCCUGGAGGUUUUGCGCAUCCGCGAGAAGGCAUUUGGAAAAGAUUCUCUUCCCGUUGGGGAGGCUUUGGACUGUUUGGUGUCUAUUCAAACCAGACUUGGUAAGGAUGACAGUGAGUUACUUGAGCUGCUUAGAAGGAUCCUGAAUAUCCAAGAGAGAGAAUUUGGAUAUGAGAGUGAGGAGGUUUUGGCUACCCUAAAGAAAAUAGUAUACUACUUGGAUAAGCUAGGAAGAAAACAUGAAAAGUUUCCCCUGCAGAGAAGGUUGUCUGUGCUUAUGAAGAAGUAUAAGCAGAUGGUUCAUCACUGAAAGGGUAUAUAAUAUGAUUAUGAUGUUUUCCAUCUUUAUCCUUCUUUCAUGCUUGAAGCAUUUCUCCAAAUGUUUUCAUGUGUAAUCAAUUAUGCUUUCCGGUGAAAGGAACAUCUACCUUUGUG